CCAGAAAAGCACAAGUCUCAAAGUGGGCUUCUCUGUGGGAGUAAGGAAAGGGCAAACAACAUUUAGUGCUUCUAGGGCAAAUCCCCAUCCCAAGUUUAGCAGGAGUUUUAGUCUAGCUAUGGGAUAGUAUUCAUUUAAAGACUAAAAAUUCAGAUUAAACUAGACUUUUUGGUCACCUAAUUUCUUGAUGUUUCUUAAAGAUCUGAGCUUAAACCUAUGACAUUUCACUGUUGCACAGUUUUGAAUAGAAAUUUCUCUGAUGUUAAUGUUUUCAUGUUAGAGCUUGUACAGAUUUUUUUUUCCAACUUAGGUAGUUUUUUAGCUGAAUGGAAAAGGAGAACGGAAUCCUCCAUGAUAUUGAUACUGCAGGGUAAUAACCUGCCUGAAUAGUUCGUCUUAGUGUUGCACAGACAUCUUUACAAACAACCUGAAGAUUUUUGAGUCUACAAAUCUGUAACUUCUUUGAACUUUCUUGCUGGAUUUGCUUGUACAGCAUAACAUCCCUGCAUGCUUUCUUCAUGAGCUACAGUUUUAAUGCCUUGUUCCACUGGUGAGACUUCUGGUAUUCCACGGGCUCCAGUCCCAUGAACACUUAUUUGUGUAGAUUUCUUUACAUUAAGUGGAUAAUCUCCCUCAAGUACAAGGGUUUAUGCUUCCUCGUAUCGAAGUGCAGCAUACACACAGGUUUUUCAAAGAGAAGGAUGAUGGCUUGCACAGCUACAUCAAAAUGUAAAUCAAGACAGCUUUUUUUCCCCUAAAUUAUCACUGCUUGGCAUUCAUGCAUCCACUUGGUUAUGAAUUCUAGUCAUGUUUUUAGUUUCAUCCAAAUACUAUGUAGAUUUCAGCAGCCUGGGAAAAACUUAGCUUGUUGACUUUGUAUUCUUAGUGUGAGAAAUCUGAAUGAAUGAUGAAAUUUGUUCAUCUAUUUGCCAUAGCUUGUCAACAUAUUAAAAUUACAUUGUCUUAAUUUUGUUGCCACCUGGCAACUAACACAAAGAUAAUUAUGUAGAAUACUGAGAGUGGGAAGUACCUCUUCCAUCUGGAGUCUUCCUGUUGUAUCAAGUUGGGCUUGAUUUCAUUUUUAUGAUCUCCUAUAACAGAGGCAAAGUAGUCCAUGUCAGUUCUCAGAUCUGAAGAAUAAAGAUCUGUUUUAACUGCUCCUCAUUAACGUCUUAAAUGGAAUAGGGGGUAAUGAAGUAGAUGUAAAUAUAAAAGAUGUCACUCUGACCUCAGACGUCUCACAUUAGGGCUUAACUACUAUGACAGUCUCCUCUUAAUAGGCUGGAUCUUCAUGUGAUUAUUCGAGCCUGCAUGCAAACCUUUGCAAGACUUGGCCAAAAUAUCCAUAUUUUUCAUGGCCCUAAAUGUGAAUCUGAUGCUGAUUUUGCUAUUUGGGUGGUUUAAAACAAAACAAAACACAAAAGCAACAACAAAAAAAAAAUCCAAAACCACAAAACCAAACUGUUAAGUUGUUGAUUCUUUUAGCACAUCAGAGGCUGGCUAUUAGUGGUUAAGUAGUUUCUUGGUAUCAUGUAAAGUGGAGUUCAGUCAGCCAUUUAAUCUCUGAACUUUUGUAUAUUAUCAGCCAUAAUCACUAGCUUAAAUCUUUAAAUAGUAAAAUUAGCCCCAGAAAACCAGUCAUUUUUCUUUGGUACUUUGAGUGGAAAUCAAAAACAAUAGGAACUCCAGAUUAGUUACAGCAUUGAACCAAAGUGUAGUAGGCAACUUUUACCUCUGGAAGAUGAAGAAGCUAAAAGCAAUGCUGCCUAUCAUUAGGUAUAGGCCUACAAUGGCAAAAAAAAAAGGGCACAAUGCUAAGCAGUUUUGAAUUGUCAACUAAUUUGCAGUUUGUUGGCUUGAGGAUUGUCUGAAGGCUUGUUGCUUUUGGCUCUUUGUAGUUCUUUUUCAGCUCUAAACUGGAAAUGAAGUUGGAGGGAGCUGCACUGGUGCAGGUAAGCAACUCCAUGGGAUACUCCCAGAGAUGAAGGCAAUUUGACAAAACCACAAGGAAGGACCCAAAGCCACUGAAUUUAUGCAGUCUAAUCCAGGUAAGUAUGCAGUUAAUGCAGCUGAGGCUCCACCUCUCAUGUCUUUGUAACCUGUUUUCUCUGUGUGCCAAUCUGAACUUGUCCUGUCUCUGUUUGGGCUGUUGCUUUACAGACCUGACUGAGCUCUUUUUGCUUUGUGCUAUUUCAUGUUCGUACCUGGCUGCUUCUCUGUUGAUCAAAACAUGAGCAACUUUUGCAUUUUAGUAUGGCUGUGCCUCCUGUUUGUGUUCAGCUCAGGGUUGGUGCUCAUCUCUCAUUUCCGUCAUUCACUGUGUCACUUACCAGUGCUUCUGUGCUUAGCUCUUUGUAUCUCUCAAAGGUUAUGUUCUCCCAAAGACUUUACAUUUCUGUCUUCAAAAAUCUUAAAGUUCUCCUUUGCUGUGAUGUCUGGAUUUAAAGACUGACUGGGAUUACUGAGAUCUUCCUUCUGAUUCUUGGCUUUCCUUAUUUCCUUAUUUGUCUCUGUGCAGCGUGACUGUGACUUUUCAGAGGAAAAAGUCCUUGCUGUGCUGAUUAGUGGUUGCUGUGAUUAGUGGCUGAAUCAUCAACUAAUGAUUGAGUCAGCACCUGCUUUUAAACCUAACAGAGACUGAUAAGGGUUCAGGUCAUGGGAAUGGGCUGACAGGAGAAAAAAAUGGACAUUUUCCAUCAGUUGGGUAAUCUUUCUUUGAAAGCAGUUAUCCUUCCCAGUAAAGGAUGAAAAACACUGUAGUAGGAAUGAAUACACAUUCUAAAGGCUUGUGGCAACUAAUUCAAACAAUCUCGUUUGGUAUAAUUUUUCCUGCUUCAGAAAUAACUCUGACCCUGUUUUUCUGUUUUCUCAGACUUUUGGAAUCUAAGGUGAGUUUUGGUCAAGUUUGGUCUAUGGUCCAGUAGUGUUUAGUGUUGUAAGGACCCUGUCCUUGACCUUUAAAAAGCUGGAAUGAGAUUCAUGAGACUCCUGAUGGGGAGGUCUCAUGAAUGAUGCUGUUGGAAGUAUGAUGGUGGUAUUGGAAGUUUCUCUGAUCUUUAAAUAGAAUCAGAAAUACUGAUUUUUAUGGCCUUUUUCAGGUGGCUUUUGGAAUAUGUUUGGUAGAUACAGGAUAUUUUUGAACAAAUAUUGUUCAGAGAGCUUCCGUGCAAGGUUCUGUCAGAAAAGGACCAAAUAUGUUCUGCCUUUAUCAUUUUGAAAGAGCUGCUUAAGUAAAAGAAACUGGGCAGAAAUUCAUAGAAGGAAAAUUCUCUCUUGUGAGAUAAAACCUUACUGUUGGAAGUUAGCAUCCAGGUCUGACAAAGAGAACCUAAAAAUAUUUGUGUAUGUUACAUUCCUUGCAAGACUUACAUUUUCUGGAAAAAAAAAAAAAUCCCUGAAUAGUCUUUUUAAAAAAAUGUGCAAAAAGAGAAACUGUGGUGAAAAUACACCAUUCUAUACUGAUGUAUUUUAGCUACUUCUUUGGGGAGUGAACAUGUAGAUUAGUAAAUAUCUUACAUUUAGAAGUUAGUUGGAAACUUUGAAGUAAAUGCAUUUUAACUUUGAAGUAAAAUGCAUAUUUAAAUUGCAUUAAUGAAGAGAUAUUUCCCAUUAUUUUUGUACGGAAGCUUCUUAACACCAUUCCCAUCAAAUUAAUUCUGUGAAUAUUGGUUUUAUUUUGUUUGGCAGGUUACUCAGAUGCAAAAUGCUGGAUGCCUGCCUAAUUUUCAAAUAAUUUACAUUAUUUAACUUGUUGUUAUUAGGGGAAACUGGAUGAUGUGAGGGGAUUUUUUUUUAAUCCUCUAUCCAGUGGUCAUUUUCAUAAAUGCAUCUAAUUUUAAUGGUACAAGAAGGAUUUUGACCUGGGUAUGUAAAGCUGAUAUGUUUUCCUAGUGUAUUUUAAAUAAUAAUACUUCAGCUCUGGGAGCAGAAAAUGUAUAAAAUUAAAUCAAAUUUUUUUUUUCAGCUCCAAUAAAUCUGCAUUUAUUUUGGAAGAAGAUAGUUUUUGGAAAUACACUGCCAUCACAAACAGUGUCAAGGUGUUUGGAAGUGUGGUGCUUUACAAGAAUUUCUGUCUCUUAGUACUUUUUAUGUUAUGCUGGCUGUGAAGUCUUAAAAUGGUGAAAUGUAUUUUACAUUCAUCUCUUCAUUCCUACUUGUCCUUACCUUAAAAAUAUGUAGGAAGUUCCAUGCUGCUGCUUCAGAGAUUACAGUUACUGCAUUUAACUUCACAUUCAAUAAUUAAAAAUAACCAGAGGUCCAAGGAUGGGAGUAAUUGAGCAACUCCUUUACAUGCUGUUGCCAUGUUUCAAGUGCUAUUUCUGUGAACUUAAAAAAAUCCCAAAACCCAGCAAAACCCAACAAAGUUACAGCUUUAAGAUGUGACUGCUCAUACGAUCUUAGUAGCCCCUAUGCUUUGAACUGCAUUAAAUAUUUUUUAUUAAAUGAAGGGAAAGGAGAAAAAUAUGUACCAAACGGGUGUUGUGUUAUCACUGACUUGAAGAUGUUAUGCAGCUGUCUUCCAGUUCAGCCUGCAGUAUUCAAAUAUUUGAAAGAUCUGUCUUUAAAAUGCAAGCAGGGCAUCCACUCAGAAUAAAACCAGUUUGCACUGCUCCCCAGUACUUGGUACAAUAGACUCCCAAAGAGCACAGCAGAGCUAGCAGCGUGAGAGCUGUGAGAGACUGCCUCAAUAUAUGUGGAAUGAAGAGCAGAAAUGUACUUCAGUUAUUCUGGGAGGGGGGACUGGGUGUGUGUGAUACUGAGUUUCUUCUCUGUUAGAGUGGAGAGAAUGGAGUGGGCAUUUAAAUGCACUGUGUGAGUGCUUGCAGGAUGUGGAAUUGUUUGUCUCUGGUUCACCAGCAUAAACAAGAGAGGUGCCAGAGCUAUUUUGUGCAGAUAAGCAAUGUGAGAUCUGGCACUGAAGAGCCCACACAGUUCCAUGGACUCAUGAAGUUCAAAAUGGAAAGACUGGCAUUUGCUGCAGGUGAUGCUUUUCUUCACCUUGCACCAAGCAGUGCUUUCACCCACGUGGCUGGAAUGCCAGACAGUUCCAAAACAAAACUUGUUUUAGGCAGUGUUUAAGAGGGUAGUACUUAGAGUUUUAGCGGUUCUUUUUACUCACAGGAAGUAAAAAUUGUCUUCAGUAUCAGUUGUUGUACAUUCAGGUGAAUAUGAAAUUAAGGUGAGGUUCUGCUAGCUGUGUCCACACUGAAUGGUGUAUCUGGAAAAUGCUUGUAGUUGUGGAAUGUUUUCUUGAUACAGAGGUCUAGUCUGUGCUGGUCAGAGAGCCCCUUCCCUGCGUAUAGACCCAUGUGCCAGCUGCUGCUGCGCAGCAUGCUAGGUCCUGAAUUGAAGAAUAGGAUUUUUGUUGGUUUGGGGCUUUUUUACAGAAUGUGUGCUUUCAGCUCUUUGGUUUCACUUCCAGUGCUCACACUGAUUUUGACACCAUUACUGCAGCUGGACUGUUAAUGGUCUGGUGUGGAGUCCAUGAACUGUUGGCCAGAGGCAGCCAUUGUAAGAACCUUGGGGUGCAGUUCAGUACUGGAGAGUGAAGCUUUCUUUACAGACUGGAGAUGUUUGAUAUGAACUGAGCUCUUCCAGAAGGAAAUUAUUCACAGGAGCACAACCUGAGUACAUUUCAUUGUGAAAUACCUGCCACUGACUUAAUACUUGUGAAAAGGCAAAUUGUUUGCAGGUAGGCCUAUCUUGAUGCACCGAGACAGACAAGGGAAAAGGAGUAAAUUUAUAUGGAGUACCAUAUAUAUUUGUGAUACUGUGUGUGUAAUUCCUGCAGGUGGGGAAGCUGAGGCACUGUGAAAAGCUGUACAUCUGUAUAGUACGGCAGUAGGUGUGCUCAUGUAGUGACAGCUGUUGCCUGACAGCGCCUCCCAAUACAUCCAUCCUUCCACAAGAGGAAGUGCUUUGUGCUCAGCAGACCAAAACCUGCUCCUCAGAUUCCUGUUCAGUGGAUUUAAAUUGUUCUCAGAGAUAAGCCUUGCCAAAGGCAGAUGCAGCUUGUGGGGUGCUGUCUUUUUGGUAACCCGAAGGAUGGAUGUGGUGGUGAUGUAGUGCAAUGCCAUUUUAUUUUUUUGAGCUUCUCCUUGGCUUCCUUUUGGGCUGCCUGGCUGUGCUGUUUGUACUGCAGAUCUCCCACUUCAGGGAUGUUUCAGUAACACAAGGUCACUCAUGAGUUACAGCCAUCCAAACUUCAACAGUCUGCCAUGAUUUAAUACCAUGCUGAACCUCUCCAGCUCAUACAAAGGGAAGAGCAAGGUCUGGGUCUCUUGCUGGGAAAGGAUUUGAGGAGUAGGUUGGAAAAGAAAAUCCUUUGGAAGUUGUCAUCCUCUAGGACAGAAAUGAAUGCCACAAAGGGAAGAGUGUAAAUUGAAAUGAGCACAGUUAAUGUGAGUGAGCUGCCUCCUGGAGAGGCAACAAACCCCAAGUUUGUUUUUCUGUGGAUUGUGUAGUGUUUGACCCUCUGGGGGAGAAGCAUCCAGGAGUCAGUGCUGCAUGUUCUUGUUCUUGCAGCUAUGAUAACAGCAGGAAUUAGUGGAUAAUUGUUUUCAGCGAAAAUAGUGGAAGAGGCCAGCCUUGCAGAUCAGCCGCGGGGGGGCAGGGGCUGGGUGCCUGCUUCCCCUGAAACCUACCCCUGAAAUGCCCCCUGAGCCAAGCACUAGCUAAUUACCGCAUAUAUAAUGACAUGGACCUUUAAUCACAUUGUCCAUUAGUGGACUAAGAGUAUUAAAAAGUAACAAAACCCCCACCAAACCCUGUCACAGGUGUCCUGUGCAAUUACGUUUUGCCACCCCCAGGACUUCAGGCUGAUGGCAGAAACUUCAGGCAUGCUCAUGGUAAAAGAUACUGUGUCAGAAACUUGUUCCCCUAGACCUUCUCUCUCUUGGCAGCUGCCCUCCGGGUCAAGGGAGGAUUUUCUUAGUGCUGAGUGAAAGGUAGCUUUAAAGGUCAGAUUAUCCAUCAGUCUUGUGGGAGCUGCUGAGGUGUCUGCGUUUUUUACAUACCUGUAAAUCUGGCCCUGAUUCUGUAAAUAAUGGGGUUAUAUUUAGAGUGCAUUAUGUCAGAAGAGUUCCAGUGGCAACAAACCUUUUAAGGAAAAAGCAUAAAGCAAGAGAACUUUUUAACAAUAAAUGUCUUCCUACACUUAGCACAUUGGGGUGCAUAAUCACCCCUCUGCAUGGUUUUUGGCAUAAUAUGUGUGGUAUUGAGGAACUGGCAAGCUACUUGGCAUUUGUAGAGCAUCAAACAGUAGAUGACUAAGUCAGUCAGUGCAUCUAAAUAAUUAUAUAUAAGAAAUACUUGUGAAAAUUAACCCCUCCAUCUUUACAGAAAUAACCAUGGCAAUCUGUGUGGAGAUAGCAGCUAUUACUGCCCACAUACAGAUUGGUUUUGUUUCCCUACCUAACCCCGAGGUAAACAGAGUAACUGGCACAGAAUAUGAAGUGUUUUCUUUACUACUUAAUGCCUUUCAGUGGAUUCUGCUAACACAGUUACACUGGCUAGUUACUCCUGCUAAACUGUAAAAUAGCUCAGGAGGGAACUAUUUCAGAAUUGCUUGAGAGCAAGCCAGAUGCAUAAUGCCCGCAUACAUAAAAUAUGUUUUAAAAGGAAAAAGUUAAAGCUCAGUGGGAAUUGUUGGUGAUCUGCCUUUCUAAGAUGAAGUUUAUGUUACUCCUUUAUCAAAUAAUUUUAAGGCAAGCAACUCCUCAGGAUGAGGAGAGGAAAAAAAAAUAGGUCUGUAAUAACAACAAAAUACCUGUGUGGUUUUAUUUUUAGUCUGUGAGGAAAAUCAUACAGGAGACAAUACUAGAUUCUUGUGUUCGUUCUCCUGGGUCUGUGGUAGUUGAUCAUCCAGACCUAUUUUAAGCUCCUUGGCUUUAUAUUUUCUCCAAGCUUUCUAAGGGAAUUUUUAGGAUUAGAGGCCCAGGUGUCUACCCUAAGUGUACCUGUGUUCCGCCGGUACCUGCUUGCGCUUCAGCUCUUCUCGGGCAGGGCGCAGUUGGUGCGAGACGCGCCUGCAGCGUGGCUGUGAUGCCGCUCAGCCCGAUUCUGCAGACGCUGUGCUCACCAGCACUGCCACUCGGCAAUGUCCGGCAUGGCUUGUGUUUCACCCUCACGGUGAUUGUACCGCUGGAUCUUUGCGUGUCCUGCUGCCAGCGGAGAUGGCGGGCGUGGAUUCAUCUGGAUUCAUCUAUCCAUGGCCUCGCCUCCUGCCUGCUGCGUUUAUCUACCGCAGCACUAUAAUCCUCCCCUUUUCAGCCAGACGCUUGGCAAUUAAGACACGAUCUGCCCUACUUAAGGUAUAAAUAAGCCUUUAAUGUUACUUGGGGAUUACAUUAGGACAUGAGGGGCUCUUUUGAAGGCCCGGCUUUGGCACAGCGGGAUUCCCAGAGCGGGCUGCUCCCGCAAGAUGCUCGAAUAAGGGGAAAGGAAAGGAUUCCCAACCGCGUAUACAGAGAGCAGUGGCAGCUUCUGGCUAGUGAGAUACUAAAUUGGCCUUUAUCAGUUGUAAAACUAUGUGUGUCAAGGAGUAUCCUGUCCUGCCCCCGGGCUGGCUCUGGGUGUAGCAGUCCACUCCAUGUACCCGGCUGUGAGUCGCAGGAUCGGGAAGAGAAGUAUGGAGAGAGCAAGAGUAAACAUAACUGUGCUCAGCUGGUACCAGCAAUAGGAUUUACUUCCCAGGAGGACCGCCCUUUCUCAAAGCAUUUUGUUAUCUUGCUGAAGAUGCCGAAUAUGCAGAAGAUCGUGCUGUGGCCAGAGUCUCCAGGACAAGAACUGUCAAGUAAAACAGUGGAGGUGAAAGCUAGGAGCUUACCUAUGGAGCUGAGUGAGAAGGGAGGCGUGCAGAACAAUGGAUUUGUUCAAAAUGAGGAUUUUGAGGACAAGGAAACGGCCACCAGUAGCCAAGAAGAAAUGCCAAAAACGUGCAGUGUUGAUGUGGACCCGCUGGCUGUGGAGGAGAUAGUGCUGAAGCCUUAUGCUGGAAUGCCAAAGGAGGUCUUGCUGCAGUUCUCCAGCCAAGCUCGCUACAGAGUCACCAGGGAGAUCCUCUUCUGGCUCGUAAUUGCUGGUUCCGUUGUGCUUGUGUGCGCUACAAUUGCCAUCAUUGCUCUCUCUCCAAAGUGCCUUGACUGGUGGCAGGCCAGUCCUAUUUAUCAGAUCUAUCCCCGCUCCUUCAGGGACAGCAACAUGGAUGGGAAUGGGGAUCUGAAAGGUAUCCAAGAAAAACUGGACCAUAUUACAUACUUGAAUAUAAAAACCAUUUGGAUCACCUCUUUCUUUAAGUCCCCUUUAAAAGACCUUGGGUAUGGAGCUGAAGACUUCUAUGACAUUGAUCCCAUUUUUGGAUCAAUGACAGAUUUUGAGAAUCUGAUUGCAGCCAUACAUGACAAAGGGCUAAAGGUGAUAAUGGAUUUCAUACCAAACCACACAAGUGACAAACACCGGUGGUUUCAGCUGAGCCGCAAUCGGACUGGGAAGUACACGGACUACUACAUCUGGCAGGACUGCAGGCAGGCUGCUGGCUCAGUCAUCCCUCCCAACAACUGGGUGAGUGUCUUUGGGAAUUCCAGCUGGCAGUUUGACGACGUGAGAAAGCAAUGUUACUUCCAUCAGUUUGGCAAGGAACAGCCAGACUUAAAUUUUCGCAACCCUGCUGUCCAGCAAGAAAUCCUGGAUAUCAUCAAAUUUUGGCUCGGCAAAGGAGUUGAUGGACUUAGUUUUGGCACUGUUAAAUUUCUCUUAGAAGCAACACAUCUGCGGGAUGAGCCUCCAGUGAACAAGUCUCAGAAUGGAGAGAGUAUCACAGCCUAUUCCCAGCUCUACCAUGACUACACCACCACACAAGUUGGUUUGCAUGACAUCAUCCGCAGCUUCCGUCACACCAUGAAUGAGUUCAGCAGAGAGCCUGGCAGAUACAGAUUUAUGGGUUCUGAUGAUGAUGAAAAGGAAGAUAUUGAAGCAACAAUGAUGUAUUAUGGAACGACUUUUAUCCAAGAAGCAGAUUUCCCCUUCAAUUUCAACCUAAUUAACAUGAAAAAUCUAUCAGGCAACAGUAUUUUUGAAGCUGUCAACUCGUGGAUGAGAAACAUGCCUGCAGGAAAAUGGCCAAACUGGGCAGUUGGAAGCCCUAAUGUUGCUCGGAUUUCAACUCGGAUUGGGAAGGAGUACAUCAAUGUCAUGAACAUGCUGCUUUUAACCCUCCCUGGCACUCCUGUAACUUACUAUGGUGAAGAAAUAGGCAUGGAGAACAUUGCAUCAGAAACUGCAACCCUCCCAGAGAAAUCCCCCAUGCAGUGGGAUGGAAAAAUUAAUGCUGGUUUUACUGAAGGCAACAGCAGCUGGUUACCUGUUAACUCUGACUACCAAAGUGUAAAUGUGGAAAUCCAGAGCACCUGGUCCAACUCAACCCUGAGUUUGUACAGAGCGCUGACUUUGCUGCGGAACGAUGAGCUCCCCAUGAAUCGAGGGUGGAUGUGCCACAUCUGGAAUGACAGUAACGUGUUUGUGUACGUGAGGGAGCUGGAUGGGUUAGACAGAGUCUUCAUGAUGGUGCUCAACUUCGGCCAGGAGUCAACAACAGACCUGCAGGCCAUAGUUCCUAACCUUCCCUCUGAAGCUGUAAUAAGACUCAGUACUCAUUUUAGCAAUGCUGGUAAAGUGGUCAAUACCAAACUAAUUAAAACUGAAAUGGGAGAAGGCCUGGUCCUUGAAUAUACAACAGCAAAGCCUGUUCAUACCAUGGAAGCUUUUCAAGGGAAGUGUUUUGUGGCAGAAAAAGCUUGUUAUUCCAAGGCCCUCAAUUUACUCUACGUGAACUGUUAAGUAGAGGAGUAGAAUACCCAUGCUUUCAUGUUAAUUUACAAGAUAUUAGCUUCAGGGAAAGGCUAAAAAUACUUCGUUUUCUUCGGCUUUUAAAACAUUAUUUGUAUACAAAAUAAAUGUCCUGAAAAAUCAGAUACAUAAUUGUCUUGUAUCUGUAUUUGUGAUGAAAAGGAAAAAGAACGGUAUAAACUCCUCCUUAGGAUCUGUGGAGAAGAAAAGUAAAACUGUUCUAAAAACGGUCCUGUUUAAGCAUGUAUUUUUGGGAGGAAAGAGAACAGUUGCUUUCUGGGUGCUGACCCUGGAAGUUGCUGGUCUGUAAGUGCUCCUGUGGAAUCCCAAGCCUGUGGCAGUUCGCUGUAACCUUUUAGAAGUCUGCAGAUUUGUAAAAAUUAUUCCAAAGGGGUGGCUCUAUAUUUGCUAAAACAGGUGAACACAAGCAAGACUAGUGUACAUUGUUGUGAUGUUUCACCUCUUCUCUCAAAUCUAAUAACUCUGAUUAUCCUCAAAAUUAGUAAGAAAAAGAAUGAAAUGUAGCUAAUAUCUAAUUCCACACUCAUAACUGCAUUUCCAGUUGAUUCUCCCAUUUCCUGCUGAGUUAGAAUACCUUUGCAUUCUCUUAUUUCUUUUCCUGCCCUAAGGCUGAGGUGAGGGGUGUGUACUUUAGUUCAGAGGAAGCAGCUGAACCAACCCUACUGAUGUCACACUUGUACACGUGCUCUGAUUUGCAUUUUCUGCACCUGCAGUGGCUGAUGUGGCCCCAGGUGUGCACCACACAUCUCUUUUAACAAGCAAAGCACAGCAGAUUUGUGCCUUGCUCAGAGGGCAGCUAAGCUAUGAAUCAGGCUGCUUUAGUGGGGGCAUUCUUUUUGUUUUACCCUCUGGAGAUACUCUGGCAUCUUCUGACACACUGAUCUUGUCCUCCUGAGGG